AUGGAUCUUCUUCUUCAGAAAGUGUCUGAUUUGAGGAUAGAAAACGAGAAUAUUAAGCGUCAAUUGCAUGCCACUACAGGAAAAGUUUGCACUUUUUUCUGGAGAAUCAAGAACUGGCCAGAUGUCCUACAAGAUACAAAGAAUCAUAAACGUGAAACUAUCUACAGUGAAAGUUUUUACACAGGAUAUCCAGGAUACAAACUACGUCUUAUGUUUAAACCAAACAAAACCAAAGGAGGAAGUCAUGAGUUUUAUGUUGGCGUUUUAUUGCAGGUGCUGAAGGGAGAAUAUGAUGAUCUAUUAGAAUGGCCAUUUCCACUAAAGUACAAACUGUUCAUAGUCGAUCAACAGCCAAACGUAACUGUUGCCAACAUAACAAAAAUAGUAGACCCAAUUAAAUGGCUUCAUCUUGAUGUUGAAGAAGUACUAAAGAAGCCAACUGCUGAAUACAACGAAAUGGGUUUUGGUUUUCUAGGUUUCGCCACACAUCAUUCCCUUUAG